AUGAGCGAUUUUGAAUUUACUUACAUGAAUUUUGAGGAAUGCAGCGCUUUUGAAGAAAAUAGUGAUGAUGAUAUUUUCAUUGUUGAUCAAGUUGCCCUUGCAAGUGCUCAAGCCAUACUAAACGACGUUGAUGAAAAUGAUAACAUAGAUUGGAGUGAAAUUGAACCUGAAGAUUCUGGCUCUUCUAUUGUAGAUAUCAUCCAAGGUGAGGUAAAAUGUUGUGAUGGUACAGCAAACCUACGGCGAUUGGAGCAAAUGAUAGGAACAUGGGAGAUAGAUGCAGAUGCGGUUAAAGAUGUUAAGAACAACCUUCAUCAACUCGGA